UGUUAGGUCAACCAUUAGACAAGGUUAUUAUCAGAGAUGCGAUUUUUUUAAUCCAGUUAUUUGACAAUUCCAUGAACUCUCACUUAACAUUAAAAUACAAAAAAAAAGGUCAAAAAACAAAAACAUAGAACUCUGAAUGAGAGCUAUCUAAAAUAAAUUGCAAGUAAAUCAAAUUCAGCAUUUGGGUGUGUCUAAUCCAAUUCAUUUUCCCCACCAGUGAAAUAAAAGUAAAUAUAUUUCUGAAGUUCAACUAACAUGUUUGCGAAGAAUUCUUCAGUGAAAUUUUAACUAUUAGUAUCCAGUGAUUACCGUGUACAUUAUAUUCUUUAAUCUUCUUAAUCAUGUUCUAAGGUAAUUAAUGCUAUCCCCAUUUUUCAGAUGAGGGAACUGAGGCUAAGAGAUCAUACCCCAAACAAGGAAGCAAUAAAUGACAGAUCCAGAAAAUUAACCCAGAUCUAUUUAUCCUCAAAGCAUAGGCUUUUACCUGUGUGUGCAGUGUGUUUUGAGAUGAUGAUGAUAGCCACAAAAACUGACAAUUAUAGAGUGCCUACUGUGCAUCAGAGCCUGUUUUAAAGGCUUUGAAUCUAUCAAGUAAAUUCUCAUCCUCAAGGAGUCACACACUGCUAUGACUCACAUGUGUUGGCCUGGUAGAAAAUCAGAUGUGUUAUUAAUUAGUCAUUUCUUCAAUUUACAGUCCUUAAUCAGAAACCAUGAAACACGAAUGCUUAGAGUCAUUUCAUGCGGCAUGUAUAUAUUUAAAUUUAUUUCAGUGUGGAAAAUGAUUGACUUUCUAAUCUAAUGUAACUUCACUUUAUGAUGACAUUCACCAUUCAAGAAAUUAUAAGGAGAAAUCUUAAAGGUUUUUUACUCAAAGUCCGUACAUUAUCAGCCUUUAAUAAUCUCUUCAAAGUUGCUCUUUCUAUAACAAGGACAAAUUCCAUCAUUUAAUUUAGAUUUUAAAAGCUGUGUAAGCCACAUUGAAGUGGCCUUGUUCAAAGUUUUCUGAACAAUGAUCUGGCAGUGCACACUGGGAACAGGAUAAACAGUGGGUUCCUGUUCUGUAUUUCCUGCAGAUUAUUGCUGUGUUCUUAGUUCUCUCAGUAUCACUGAUCAUUAAUUGUUAGUUGUAGAGGAAAGAGCCAACUACUUUUACUAUAUUUAAAGUCAGAAAUAUCCCAAUGAUUCAGUUCCCAAGAUUUCAGGCAUUUGGGCCCUAUUUUUCAUGAUAAUUUUUACUCCACUGGGAAGUGAAAAUGGGCUAAAAACCCAAUAUCACACUGUUGUCAAGGGCCCAUUCUUUCAGAACAUCUGAAACUCUUGUGCUUGUUAUCUUAAUGGCAGAUCCAAUAGUCUAGUGCUGUCUUGCAAUCAGCCUGAUGUGAUAAAGUCGUUCUUAGAUGAUUGUGGUAGUUAAGUUCAAGUAACAGAUGACCCCCAUACAGCCAUUCAACCAGCUGAGUCCUUGCUUCAAACCACAAGAGCCCAGGGCCAGGCACCCCAGGGGGGCCUCAACUCUUCCCCAUGAGCCUGGCCUCCCAAAACUGCUUCUGCCCUUCUAUCAGCACUAAGAGGAGCAGUGCAAGGUUAAAGGGCAUAGGACAAAGAGUCACCUUGUCAGGAGGGAGGCUUUGUGUGGUCCUGUGUGUGAAGCUGUUAAAAAGUGUGUUGCCUGUACUCUGCUGGUUGGGACAAGUUACCAGGAAACUUGGGGUGGUAAGUUAGGCCUAUUGUCAGCAGUGUUGAGAAAGGAAGAAAGCAAAAGUGGUACCAUGGGAGGCAGAGAGCAGGGUCCACCAUCAUUGGGCCAUGGAAUUUAUUUAUUUUAAAGAGCAAGGAGGGUGGAAGCAGUGACCUGAGUAUAAAAUAAAACGUAUCAGGGAGAAAUUGCAGCUGAAAAUAACCAUCCAAGGAAUACUUGCUGAGAAACGGAGGGCACUUGUUCAAAGGAGGAAAUGUGUGUACUUACUGCUUAGGGAUCAACUCCUCACCCACUGCCUGAACCCAUGCCGCCCAUCACUGCAGGCCCUUCAUACCCAGCCCAGGAGCCAGUCCAGUUCUGUCUCCACCCCAAAGGUCUGGACAAAGGUCCACCCUCCUUUUCCUGUGAAAAUGAGACCUCAUUACUCAUUUGUUAACAAACCUCUUGCAACCUCCUUCUUUCUAAAUUUCCUUUUGUGCCUGGGACUAUCGUCGCUGUUUUUAGCAGACUGACUUUGCUUGUUGAAGCAUUCCCUUCCAAACUUCUGUUAUCAUGGUAUACAUGAAUGGGAGAAUACUGCGGGAAACAGCUGAAGUUGCUAAAGCCGGAGGUGACUGGUCCAGAGACUCCAGCUACCCUAGUCUUCACCUGGCCCCAGAGAACUGGGGGAAUUAGUAUGGUGGCAGCACAUGGCACCCACUUCAGCCACACAGAUAAGAGGUGGGACAGGUCUGGAUUACAAGAUAGAUGAUGGGCAAGGAGAGAGGUGCCUUUCUCUGAAGGGAGAAAGGAACCUCCACUGUGAUACGGCCUUGACUAAACAAGUUCAGAGUUGGUGAACUCAAGAGGCUUCCAUAGCCUAGACAGCUCAUAGCAAGAGUCUCGGGUGAUUGCUGACAUCAUAAAUAAGAGUGCCAGUUGUUAAAUCAACAAUGGGAGUCACUGGGUUCAUGCUCCCCUCACAGGAUCUCUGUCCUUAAUAUGUUUAACUAUGAAACUCAAAAACAACACUACUAGUCGAACAAUGCCCUAUACCUGGUUCGGUUGUGUAAGUGCAACCUGUUGAAAUCCCUGCUUAGUAUAUACUAAGUUGAUCUUCAAUAUAUGAAGAUGACAACAAUUGUAAGCUUCACACCAACCCAGCGGACGUGAGUGAGGCACAAAGAGAGCGAGUGUUUGAUCCAAAGUCACACAUAAGUGGCAGGAUGAGGACGCAAGCCCAGGCACUCUGCCUUUAGACUUUCAUCUUGUAAGCAUUUUCCAAACAGCCAACCAAGAAAGUGAGAAGUAAAUACAGACGGCUUCCGCAUGUAUACAGAACUGGGGGUUUUUGCCGUUGCCAAUCCGAGCCACGCUCUCCCAGGGAGGAUUUCGUGAUGUGGAGCUCCCUGGAGCACACAGCACUGUGGUGCCACCUGUACAGACGCUUGGUUUGGACUUAAUCUUAAACCUCUGGAGUUCAAGACCUUUUAAAAAGGGCUAAAUAAACAAUCUCUACAUGUAAAAGGCCACUGACUCCUACUUCCUCUGUUGAACGCAUCUGUGGAACUCAGCUGCCUGUAGGAAAACUGAAGACCUUAAUAACAAACCCUCCAAGGUCAAAAUGAAUACAGAUAGCGGUGGGUGUGCUCGCAAACGUGCCGCCAUGUCUGUUACGUUAACAUCUGUGAAGAGAGUUCAAAGUUCUCCAAACCUAUUGGCUGCAGGACGUGAUUCUCAUUCACCUGAUUCAGCUUGGAGAACUUACAAUGAUCGAAAUCAAGAGACACUGAACGGAGAUGCUACAUAUUCCUCUCUUGCAGCAAAAGGUUUUAGGAGCGUUCGACCAAACCUCCAAGAAAAAAAAUCUCCAACUCAGUUGACAAUCCAGGCACCCCCUCCCCCAGCCCAAAAAAACCACUUCUGUAGUGCCUCCAUAAUCAAUGACACACAGGGUGACCUUUUAGAGCAAUCAGUGACUAACACACUAAUUCCCUCCUCUACUGAAGACCUUAUUAACAGGAAACCUGUCCAGGCAGCCAUGUAUGCUAACGAAGACUCCAGCGAAACAAUUGUCUAUUCCGAGGAGUCUAACACAACCGUAUCUUAUACACAAAAAAUCAGUCAUCCGCCACCAGCAGCUUCUGACACAAAUCCUGCACCAUUUCUACUAGAGGACUACACGCAAGAUUCUCAGACUCGGAGAAUUUCUACCUUGAAACUAACCCAUAACCAGAAUCCAGGAAGUCCUUUCCCCUUCACCACCCCACCGUGCCCCAAACCUGUUGAAGUCCCAUCAUUUCUCAAAACACCUUGCUCACCGCCCCCUAACCCAGUGCCUGAGACACACACAGCAUCUCUUUCCAUUCACAUAGCUCCGCUUUCAGGAAACAACCCUGAAAGCCACAGUCAGCGACCUGAGCUUCCUGCAGAGUCUGCAAAGAUACCUGUUCGGCCCGAGAGACACAAGCCUGCACCUGCUGUGGCCGCUCAGUCCUCAGACUGCCACGUGCUUGGAGAUCAGAACUUAACUGCCAAGGUGUUGGAGAGCCAGAUAACAGUGAACGGAAAUUCUGGUGGUGCUGUGAGUCCGAUGAGUUACUAUCAAAGGCCGUUUUCCCCCUCCGCGUAUUCUCUCCCGGGCUCACUCAACUCAAGCAUUAUCAUGCAGCAUGGCAGAUCACUCGACUCCACAGAGCCAUACCCGCAGCACGCGCAGACCCUGGACGGCACCGGCGGCGGCUCCAUACCACUGUACAGAUCCUCGGAGGAAGAGAAGAGGGUGACUGUCAUCAAAGCCCCGCAUUACCCAGGAAUCGGGCCGGUGGAUGAGUCUGGCAUCCCCACAGCAAUCAGAACGACAGUAGACCGACCAAAGGACUGGUACAAGACCAUGUUCAAGCAGAUCCACAUGGUGCACAAGCCAGAUGAUGACACAGACAUGUAUAAUACUCCUUAUACGUAUAAUGCAGGCCUGUACAACCCACCCUACAGUGCGCAGUCACACCCUGCCGUGAAGACCCAGACCUACAGACCUCUGUCCAAAAGCCACUCGGACAAUGGCACAGAUGUCUUCAAGGACACAUCUUCCCCAGUGCCUCCACCACCUCCAGUCCCACCUCUGCGACCAAGAGAUCGACCUCCCACAGAGAAGCAUGACUGGGAUCCUCCAGACAGAAAAGUGGACACAAGAAAAUUUCGGUCUGAGCCAAGGAGUAUUUUUGAAUAUGAACCUGGGAAGUCAUCAAUUCUGCAACAUGAAAGACCACCCCCUCUCCCAACAACUCCGACACUUGUUCCCGAGGAACCUGGCCGGAAGCCUGGCUCUAGCUCACCACUCGGAGCGGUGCCCCGUAGCCCCUCCCCGCCGCCCACCAGUGGCCUCCCCACGCCCAGCUCGUGGGCCCCGGCGCUCUCUCCCACCCGGACUGAUGGCAUAACUCCAGAUGACAUAGAUUUAGAAAAUGAGCCCUGGUAUAAAUUCUUUUCAGAGCUGGAGUUUGGACGCCCGCCUCCUAAAAAGGCUCUGGACUAUGUUCAAGAUCAGUCUUCUGGUGUUUCCAAUGAGGCCUCCGUGUAUCAGUCUCCUAAUGACAGAAGCCUGGAAAGACCCAGUAGCUCUGCAAGCAUGGCCAGUGACUUCAGGAAACGGAGGAAGAGCGAGCCUGCCGUGGGGCCCCCAAGGGGGUUGGGGGAGCAAAGUGCAGCCAGGACUAGUCCAGGUCGGGGAGACCUCCCAGGAUCAAGCACCACCCUUACAAAGUCUUUCAUUAGCUCCUCUCCUUCUUCCCCAUCGAGAGCAAAAGGUGGGGAUGAUAGCAAACUGUGUCCAUCCCUUUGCAGUUACGCAGGGCUCAACGGCAACCCCUGCAGUGAGUUAGAGUACUGUAGCCCUUAUAGACAGCACUUGGACGUCCCGCGGGACUCCCAAAGGGCCAUUACUUUCAAGAAUGGCUGGCAGAUGGCCCGGCAAAAUGCAGAGAUCUGGAGCAGCACUGAAGAAACGGUGUCCCCCAAACUCAAAUCCCGUAGCUGCGAUGAUCUCCUAAACGACGACUGCGAAAGCUUCCCCGACCAGAAAACCAAGUCGGAGAGUAUGGGCUCCCUGCUGUGUGAAGAGGACUCCAAGGAGAGCGGCUCCAUCACCUGGGCUUCCCCCUACAUGCAGGAGACUCGCAGUAACGGCAGAUCGAGACUCAGACACAGGUCCGCCCACGACGCCCCAGGGUUCCUGAAAAUGUACAAGAAAAUGCACCGCAUCAACCGCAAGGACCUGAUGAAUUCAGAGGUGAUCUGCUCUGUGAAGUCGAGAAUCCUGCAGUACGAACAGGAGCAGCAGCACAGGGGCCUGCUGCACGGGUGGAGCCAGUCCUCCACCGAGGAGGUGCCCAGGGACAUGGUGCCCACCCGCAUUUCUGAAUUCGAAAAGCUGAUUCAGAAGUCAAAAUCCAUGCCAAAUCUAGGAGAUGAAAUGCUAUCUCCUUUAACCCUAGAAGCACAGCAGAAUGGUUUGUGUCCCAAGAGGAGAUUUUCCAUUGAGUCGUUGCUGGAGGAAGAAAAUCAGGGCAGGCACCCUUCUCACAUCCAGCGAAGCUACAAGUCCAAAGCCCUGGUGCCGAUCCAUAUCGAAGUCACCAGUGACGAGCAGCCGAGACCUCACGUGGAAUUCUCCGACAGCGACCAAGAUGGAGUUGUGUCCGACCACAGCGACUACAUUCACGUAGAAGGGUCAUCCUUUUGCAGCGAAAGUGACUUCGAUCACUAUUCUUUCACCUCCUCUGAAAGUUUUUAUGGGUCCAGCCACCAUCACCACCACCAUCACCACCACCAUCACCACCGGCACCUCAUCAGUUCCUGCAAAGGCAGAUGCCCUGCGUCCUAUACUCGCUUUACCACCAUGUUAAAGCAUGAAAGAGCCAAACAUGAACAUGCCGAGGAGCCCAGAAGACGAGAAAUGGACCCUGGCCUGUCUAAACUUGCGUUUCUGGUCAGUCCUGUGCCUUUCCGGAGGAAAAGAAAUUCAACACCCAAAAAACAGACCGAAAAGGCAAAAUGUAAAACGUCUGUGUUUGAGGCUCUGGACUCUGCCCUCCAGGACAUUUGUGACCAAAUCAAAGCCGAGAAGAGAAGGGGAAGUUUGCCAGACAACAGUAUAUUGCACCGUCUAAUCAGUGAACUGCUGCCAGAUAUUCCCGAGAGGAAUUCCUCCCUCCGGGCUCUGAAAAGGAGCCCCGUGCACCAGCCUUUCCACCCACUGCCUCACGAUGGUGCUAUGCAUUGUCCGUUGUACCAGAACGACUGUGGGAGAAUGCCCCACAGUGCCUCUUUCCACGACGGCGACACCACCAAUAACAACUUCCACCACCACGACAGUGACAGUGCGCUGGGGCUCCAAGACCGCGAGUCCCCUAGAAGUUACUCGUCCACUUUGACUGACUUGGGGAGAAGUGCACCGCGGGAAAGAAGAGGAACUCCAGAAAAAGAGAAAUUGCCUGCAAAAGCUGUUUAUGAUUUUAAGGCUCAGACAUCUAAGGAGUUAUCAUUUAAGAAAGGAGAUACUGUCUACAUCCUCAGGAAAAUUGAUCAGAACUGGUAUGAGGGAGAGCACCAUGGACGAGUGGGCAUUUUUCCCAUCUCCUACGUAGAGAAGCUCACACCUCCUGAAAAGGCACAGCCUGCAAGACCACCUCCCCCGGCCCAGCCUGGAGAGAUCGGAGAAGCUAUAGCCAAAUACAAUUUCAAUGCAGACACAAAUGUGGAGCUGUCACUGAGAAAGGGAGAUAGAGUUAUUCUUCUUAAAAGAGUUGAUCAAAACUGGUACGAAGGUAAAAUUCCAGGAACCAACAGACAAGGCAUCUUCCCUGUGUCCUAUGUGGAAGUCGUCAAGAAGAACACAAAAGGUCCUGAGGAUUACCCUGACCCUCCAAUACCCCACAGCUACUCCAGUGAUAGAAUCCACAGCUUAAGUUCAAAUAAGUUGGCAUCCCAUGAGCCAGCCUCUCCUCCCAAGCACACAGCUUCACCUGGCUCCGAUCCAGGAGCUCUCCAGGGAUGUGCCCAGGGGUGGCUGUCCCCAACAUGCACCCAUCCACCAGCAAACCACGUGGCCCCCACACGGUCGUCUUUCCUGGACAACUUGUUGUAUGAACUGGAGAAGUUUAGUGCUUUAACUGUAUCGGCUGACCAAGCCCAGGCAGACAUCCCAGAGGAGAGCACCCUGGAGAUUAAGGAGGAGCCCCCUGCUCCCCUCCCAUUGCCUGCAGCAUCUGAACCUGCCCGACCACCGCCUUCUCUGUUACCUUUGACUUCCGCUGCAGCCCGGCCUUGCGAGGCAAUGCCACUUCAGGAUCCCAGAAAGGCAGCUCCAAACAGGUUUUCAGAUUUGAAGCAAAUGAAGAGGGGCUUCUCAGACCCUAAGAAAGUGCCUGAAAUCCUGGGUGAUAAGUUUGUGGCCUCUGCAUACACCAGUGUGAGCACCUUGCCUGUCAACCUCCCUGUCAUUGGAGAAGAGGAGGAAGUCUGGGAGGGGCUCAUGCCGGGCAUCAGCAGGGGGCUUCACGAACCAGAUGCCUUGUGGUGCAUCCCGGAUGGUACAGAGCUGACGCCAAACCUGCACAUUGAAGAGGAGGAGGAGGAAAAUCUCGACCACUUAAAAUACCCAGUAGCCACUCCCACAGGUCCUAGGAUUCCUAAGGAAGACAGCUAUGCAGCAAAAACCAGUAAUGAGCCGUCUUCAUUCUCUCCGGGAGAUCGAACGACUGUCCCUUUUCCCAGCCGUCUGCUCUCCUCUCCUCCGCUUCAUUCUUCCUUCACCUCUGUUUCUGACCUGGCCUCCACACUUUCUCAGCCCACCCAGCCCUAUUCUCCACCUCUCCUCCCUAAAUCCUCUUACCAACAGGAGAUUAAUUCACCAAAAUCCAAGGCUGAUUUAAAAAGCGAGCUCUUUGUCCUGGGUAAGCCUCCUCGUAGCCCAGUGAUGUCUAGGAGAUCCUGCAGCUCACCUGUCAGAGGGCUCGGCGGUUCCCACAGGCCACAGCGUCCUGUGUUUACUCAUGAAAACAUUCAAGGUGGGGGGGAACCGUUUCAGGCUCUGUAUAACUAUACUCCUAGGAAUGAAGAUGAGCUGGAGCUCAGAGAAAGUGAUGUCAUCGACGUCAUGGAGAAGUGUGACGAUGGAUGGUUUGUGGGAACCUCAAGAAGAACCAAAUUCUUUGGUACUUUCCCCGGGAACUAUGUCAAGAGGCUGUGAAUCAAUCUCCCUCAUUAUUUAUGCCGCAUUUCAGCAACACGUCUGCAUAAACUUGCCUGAAACAUCCCUGCAGGCAUCAUGUUGUCAUGCCUUAUGGUUUCCAGUGUGACGUCACCUGCUGCACCUGCUGCUACCAAACCACCAGCAGUGUAACUGUGUGCACCUUUGGGGAGACAGGGCAGACUUGCUUCCUCUCGAAAGGGUUUCCUCUCUGGCUUUCUGCUCUCAACUUUGAAAAGCUGAUGUGUGGGAUCAGAAAGAAAAUCAUACUUAAAAAGGGUAAAAUAUUCGAAGCAAAAAAAAAAAAAAAGAGAGAGAAGAGAUAGAGAGAGGGUCUCCAGGAGAUAUUCUGGCUACAUGGCUGCCCUGCAGCGUCUCUAAGAUGUGCUCCCCUCAGGCCACCCGAAGAUUGUUUAUUCUGAAAUGCUGUGGUUUGCAUUUUUACAUUCUUAGCUUGGCAGUUGAUUUUCCUUUCACGCGUUUGCCUAGUGUCCUGGUUUACACGAUAUGACAACUGUACUUCAGCUAGUGUUUGCCUGCACUCGUAUGUUGUAAUAUGCACAGUGAUUACAAAACCUAAAGCAAGAAUAGGAAGGUUCAUUUGGGUGAGUGUGAUUUGGUUGACUGGAUGUGAGUUUUCAAAUAGAAGUUUUUUCUGCACAUUUUUUGUACUUUGUAGAAGUGCAAACAGCGACUAAGAACCCUGGAUAGUAAUCAUGAGACUAUAAGAGGCUUAGUUAGACUGCAAGGGAGAAAAGCUAUUGUGUUGUAAAGUUGCAUUGCUAUUUUAUAUUAAAAUGUAAUCAUCGGCAUCAUGAACAAUGAGCUAUUAGUGUUUUAUUUAUCUGAUAGAAUUUCAAUAAAAGCAGUGUUAGUGAGAGGUGCAAAGAAUUAUUCUAACAUAGACACUUGAAAGUAUCUGUAAGCAAUAUUCGUAGGUAAGAUUUCACUGUGUGUACACAUACACAUUUUUGAGAUUGUAUGAGAACAUUAAUCCAUAUGAUACAUUGUACAUUUUAUGGAAAUGUAGAGGAAUCUCACAUAUUAUUUUAUAGAAAUAGAAUAUUUCAGAAGCAUCGCAAGUAUUAAAGUUGGUUUUAGCAAGGAUUGCAAUCAACACAAUUAUUUUUACUAUGAUAAUUAUUUUUCUUCUAUGGAACCCAGAAUCCUGGCUACAUUUGAGGACAGGAAUAUAUGUUGAGCCUGAUUUUCCUGGUGUGUAUAAAAUAUCUCCUAGGACUAAAUAGGCACUUUUUAGAGACAAUGUUAAAUCAUUCAGGUUCUGUUUUCUGCCCUAAAGCAGAAAUUUAUAAAAUGAUAUGAGGGCCUGAAAGAUUUAAUGUGGUUCACAGUGCCUGAACUACACCUAACACAAGAAUUAGCUUUGUAUUUCUUAUGACUUUGCAUAAGAACUACUCAUCUUUGGAUUUUUGAGCACCUUAUAGAUAAAACUUUUUAUGGCAUUUCUUCCAUGGACAGUGGUUGACCUUUUCACAAGAUGUAGACUAGAAUUUUGUACAUAUGUUUGCUCUUUUUUUGUACAGACUACUUAGUUGUUGAGAAAACAGGGGAAUUUCCUAAUUUGAUCUUUAUCCUUCACCUAAACUAAGCUAAAAUACUUUCGGCAGAUUAUCCUUUACUUAUCUCACAGAUCAAUCAGUCCUUGAUAGUAUGAUUCUGUAAGAUAGCAUUUAUGCAAGUGUGUGAAUUUAAGAGAUCCUAGCAGCCAAACUGAAAUGUACAUAAAUAUUGAUUACAGAAUUGCUUUAGGAAGGAGGUGGAGAAACAUCUUUGAGCAGCCUAUCUUGAUUACUGUCAAGUUCACAACCAGCUUUAUAUUUUAAAGGCUUUGGGUUUGAAAUUAAGUCAACUGCAUGCAACUUUGCUGAUAAAGGACUAGUUCUCUUUGAUGCAAUUUAUGAGAAGAGACUUCAAUAUCUGUUGCCUGUCAUAUUUCAGAAAAAUUGCUGUUUCUACCCUCUGUAUCUGAUUUUAAAAGAAAAAAAUAUAUCCGUACCUGGGUUUCAGGUAACUGACUUUGAAUUCUUACAAGCAAAGGUCAUUGUGUUUUUCUUGAAUAGAUAUAUAAUAAAUUUUGCUUGGAAAGUA